AUGUCAGCGCUAUUGUGUCCCAUUGAUAACCAUCCCAUAGCACCCGACGGUCCCACUCUAUACUUUCAAUUAUGUGAGAGUACGGAUGGGUUGACUAAAUCGGCUCUUCAGAUGUCUUCAGUGGAUUUAAUGCCGUUUACAAACACUUAUGACAUAACAUCUGUUGAUUAUGACGAUCGGUUCCCAUUGGACAACAAACUCAAGAAAAUUUCAGCAGAAAAAACAACGGCAACGACUGCUAAACCUAAAUCUCGGACUAUUUUUGUUUUGUUACUUUAUUGCAACCAAAGUAUUAAUAGUAAUGAAGAAGACGGAGAUUCCGGUACCACAGAAGAAGAUAGUGGAGGAAUAGGAGGUGAUACAGAAGUUUCCACAGAAUGUGUUACAGAAGCUGAAGACAAGCCACUUCAGGCGGUACUGACAACAGAGCACCCGUACCUUAAUUUUAAACGCUAUAAUAAAACACAUCAAAUGGCGAGUCCUAAGAAAAAAGGUCUCAUAUCUCAUAUGAAUGAGUAUGAAGUGAUUGAAUCCAAAAAGAUAAAUGAGACGCACAGUACUUACAAUGUAAAAGCGAGUUCACUAUUACCCCGAACCAAAGCGGACGGUCUGUUUGGUAAAACCCAACAAAUCAUUGGACUUAUUCCUAUAGUCAACAGUGCUUUGGGCACAAAGUGUUGGGACGACAUCGGGUGCUUUUCAGCCAUGAAUUUUUACGAUGCAAAGAUCGGGCACUUUGCCAUACUACCCAUGAGUCCCUCGCAAAUUGCCCCCAAAUUCUACCUGUACACAUCUGAAUCACGCAAUCACUCGAUUAUAUUCGGGUAUAAGUUUAAUCCCAAGAAAUUCAAAGACACCACAUUUAAUCCUAAUCAUCAGACCAUAGUUAUUGUCCACGGAUGGGAAAGUGGUCUUGAACAGUGGAUGAUUGACAUGAAAAACAGGGCCAAAAUAACGGACUAUUCACUGGCGGCGGCCAAUACUCAAGUGGUUGGGGCUAUGAUUGCAUUCUUCGUGAACCGUAUCUGUGAGCAAACGUACGGACGGAAAGUCAUAACAAAUGAUAAUUUCUAUUUGGUUGGACAUAGUCUGGGUGGACAGGUAGUCGGCUUUGCGGGCAAAAGACUUAUUAAUCCACAACUGUCCAGAAUUACAGGCCUCGACCCCGCUGGGCCGGGAUUUGCUGCCAACAGCACUAAUAUAAGACUGGCCUAUACUGACGCCAAGGAAGUGGAUGUAAUUCAUGCGGAUAUGUCUAACUUUAUUCUUACGGGUUUAGGACUCAAUGAAACUAUAGGUGAUGUCGACUUUUAUCCCAAUGGAGGCUUUAGCCAGCCAGGUUGUUCCAAAACUAAUAUAGUGGUCAGUUUAUUACAAGGCAGUGCCACCCUCUCAUGUUCUCAUUGCAGGGCUUAUGAAUUGGGAUAUUCAUUGGAUAAACCCAACAGUUUGUGUCAACCGGUGGGCUAUGAGUGCGAUUCGUAUGAAAUUUUUGUUGAGGGCCGGUGUGGUAACUGUGAGGCCGAUGCCAAUAACAUAACUAAGUGUCAACUCAUGGGUCUGUAUCCGAUUGCAAUCCAUGUGACCUCCGAUUCGGAAGCCGGUGCGAGUGGACAGGUAGCUAUCAAUAUAGGCGCUGAUCAUGGUUUACAAAAGGAUACAAAUAUGACAUUUAUAAGGACGAUGUCAUCCAUAACUCCGGGUAAAGUCCACACAUUAUUACUGACAUUCAGUGAACCCGUGACUGCAAUAAAGAGUGGUUUCUUCAGUUGGUAUCGAUUCCCGGGCUUACAGUUCAGUAAAGAUAGAGAUAAGGGAACGAAGAUUGGCAUCAAUUUCAUUGAAAUUAAUUAUUUGAGUCAUUCAUAUCAACUAAUACGAAAAGACAUGUCAGCGCUAUUGUGUCCCAUUGAUAACCAUCCCAUAGCACCCGACGGUCCCACUCUAUACUUUCAAUUAUGUGAGAGUACGGAUGAGUUGACCAAAUCGGCUCUUCAGAUGUCUUCAGCAGAAUUAAAGCCAUUUACAAACACUUAUGAUAUAACAUCUGUUGAUUAUGACGAUCGGUUCCUAUUGACUGAUAAACUAACCAAGAUCCCAUCAGAAACAAUCAAACAACAACUGCUAAACCUAAAUCUCGGACUAUUUUUGGUUAAUAGACAUUAA